CCUGAAUCGAGGGCAUUUGCUCCAACUACUCCACUCAAUGCCCCGACUGGCCAAUUCCACCAUCCUCAAAGCCUACCGGCAGAGUCCCCUCCUUCCGCUCCUCCUCCGCGAAUGCCGCACGCUCGACUCCGCCCGCAACGAACUACGCUGGCUGCGCCAACACGCCAUUGACAUCGCGCAGGAGCGCAGAGAGCGCGACUAUGAAGCACACGUAGCACAGCAUUAUGCCUCCCACUCGGAGCCCCGACCAUCACCCGACGACCCCGCCCCGACUCCCAGUUCCCCGCAUCGAACCCGACGCAUAGCCCGCGCCCGACCAACAGGCUGGCGCCGCACCCUCCGCACCCUCUGCCACGCCCGCUCGCGCGGCACCCCGCUGCAAUACCUUCUCGGCGACCAACCCUUCGGCGAUCUCACCAUCCUCUGCAGAAAAGGCGUGCUCAUCCCCCGCAACGAUACCGAGUCCUUCACCUACGCCGCUGCCGAACAGAUCCUGACCCGGUUUCCCCCUCCAUCCCCGUCCAACGCAGUGGAUAAAAGCCCCAUCGCAACCGCCACACCCACAACCCCCACCCCAGCCCACCCCAACAACGGGCCCCUCCGCAUCCUCGACCUCUGCACUGGCACCGGCUGCAUCGCCCUCCUCCUCCACGACCUCCUCGCCCCCUCCUACCCAUCCCUCAAGAUCCUCGGCGUCGACAUCAACCCGCUCGCCAUCCAGCUCUCCCGGCGCAACCUCCACCACAACACCGCCUUGGGGUGGCUGUCUACGCGCGCGCCAGCGGAACUCGAAUUCCGACUUGGUGAUGUCCUCUCCACCCCGUCCUCCUUCUCCGGCAGUGCUCACAACAUCGCCGCACUCGAGACCAUACUCCCCCAGAUACCCGAGUUCCUCGACCCUACUCCCUUGCAGGGCGACAGCGGGGUGAAAGUCGACAUCAUCAUCUCGAACCCGCCGUACAUCUCGCGGGAGGCGUUCGUGGACGGGACGACGGAGCGGAGUGUGCGGGUUUUCGAGCCGGUGGGGGCGUUGGUUCCGCCUGAGUUGGCGGACUCCGAGGUGGUGGCGGUGGGGUGUCGGGGCGAGGAUGUGUUUUAUGCGCGUAUCGCCGGGAUGGCUGGGAGGGUUGGGGCGCGGAUGGUUCUAUUUGAGUGUGGGGAUUAUGGGCAGGGGGAGCGAGUUAUGGAGUUGUUUCGACAGGUGGAAGGACGGUGGGAGGUGAGGAUCUGGGAGGAUGCGAUGGGGACGGAGGGAGGGGAGGCUGGAAGGAGGGAGAGGGCUUGUUUGGUUGUUGCGAAGAGGGCUGAGGGUUGA